UUUAUAUGAAACUGAAUAAAAGUUAAAACAAUUAUCACUGCAUCUUCCUCUUUAAAUUAUUUUAUUUACAUAAUGCAUUUUUGGUGGAGGCGUCUGGCACACAAUUAGCUUUUUAGUUUUAAGUUCGUCUAUAAAAUAAAAAUAGAUGAAAUUAUUUAAAAUGUGUAAAAGUGUAUUGAAAAUACGCUUGACGCAUUUUGAAUAGUUUUAAAUAAAAUAACCAGAUUAUAAAAAUUAUUUCGUAGAAUCUUUUAUUAACUCGGGCUGCAGAGACCUGUGUCGUGUCUGUAAUAAAAACUUCUACGAAAUUAUUGUUCUACUUUUGACAUAUUACAAACAUUAUUAUAUGUAACAAGGGAGUUAUUAGACUUUAAGCAAUUAACAAGUAUUUAAUAUAUGACAACCCCUUGUGACAAUGUGUGGAGUAUUACAAAACGUUAUUUAGAAUAAUGUUAACGGUGUUAAGUAUUGCACUCAAAAUAAAGAAAUGUAAUUUACAAAAAAAAACAGAUUAUUGUUUAUAUAAAUAGAUAGUACAUUGCACAUGUGUAGGUACCUUUAAUUCAACUGUAGGUACAUGUAUGUACAAUACACAUAAUAUGUAUUUAGGUCAUCUAAAUGAAUAUUGUGUUAUCUAACGAUUAGAAGAGAUGUGUCUAAAUAAAACAAAUACUGAAAUUACAAAUUACAUUACUAAUUUUUCAGAGAUGCAAGCCAGAAUAUUGCUUAUCAAAAGUUGUCAAAAGAACUUUAGAGUACAAUAUGUUAUUAUGUUCAAAGUUACGAAUGUUGAAUCAAAAAAAAAAAGAAGAAAUCAAAAUCGCCUGUGCAAUUCUUCUAUCUCUUAAAUAUUCUCUGCCUUCUUUUUUUGUAAUUCGCGUUCACCUGGUGAAACCUUAGAAUAAUACUAGUCCCGUGCAGACUGGUCAGGUGUUUCAAGUUUCAAAACUCCUAUAUCGACUCUUAACCGAAAACCCUUAUAAAGAAUCACUCUGUUUUAAACUACAGCGCUAAAAAACGAUUUUUUAUCAAAAAUGAUAAGGCGGUGAUCAUAAGUCAAACUGAUAACAGUUUAAUUUUAUUUUCGUGAUGUAAAGGAGUUUGUGUUUAUUUAGUAGAACGUCUUGUGUUAAUAAAUGAAGAAUUUUUGUAUAAUUAACGUGUUGUGUUGAUGCAGAACAAAGAUUACUGUAGUAUUUGCUUCAACAGUAAUUUUUUCAAAUUUCCUUCAUAAAAAAAAUUGUUGCAAUGUCCGAUCCUACAAUACAAACUUUCUGUUGUCAUCACUCAAACACUUCGAAUAUAACAAUGGCAAUUAUGAAAGAAUUUAACACAGAAGCAUACAAUUGUGUUUGUUUAUUUUCCUCCACCCUUGGAAUACUGGGAGCUCUCUAUCAGAUUUUACCACGUCAACAAUUUUCGAAAAGUGGUAGAUGGUAUUCGUUUACAGCUGUUAGGGGUCGUAAGAUUAUUAUUUGGCUGGCUGUUUCCGAUCUUUUUGCUUCGCUAGGCGUAUUUAUUAGAUCUCUCAUAUGGAUAAGAAAUAAAAAUAUAAUGCCAGCUGUAGAUGAUCACUCUAGUGUUAUAUUUUGUGUCAUUUCAUCGGCUUGGGUUCAAUAUUUUUAUAUAGCUAGUUGGAUAUGGACUUUAUGUUAUGCAAUUGACAUGAAACUUGUUUUAAGUGAAAAAGAUUCGUGGUUUGCCUCUUAUCACAUAGCAGCUUGGCUAAUUUCUGCAGUUUUGACAACUGCUGGAUUAGGAUUACUGUACCUCCCAGAUGCGAAUUGUCACGUUAAUACUACACUGAUGGACACCCUAACACGUAUCCUCCCUAAUUAUCUCGCCACAUAUAUUCCUAUGGCGACUGUCAUGAUAGCCAACCCUUGUCUGUACCUUUUUUCUACGAGGGAUAUGCAAAAAAUUAUCACGUGUUCCUCCGGCCAAUACACAAAUCGGGAAAGGGACCUUUUAGAUGCAGUUAGAGUAAAAUUUUCUACAAUAAAUUGUGUUUUUUAUCUAUGCUGGUUACCAAAUUUAAUAAAUGGGUUACUUAUUUGGACUUUAUGGUUCAAUCUUCCUGUUGAAUUGUUAACAAAUAUUUGGUAUAUGAUGGCAUUUACUAAUCCCCUUCAAGCUCUUUUUAAUUCAUUGGUGUACAGAAGAUGGAAUAGUGGUUCAGAAAAAAUUAUCGUACCAUGGAAAAAGCAGGAAAGUUCUGAAGUUCAAAAUUUCAAUACGCCAAAUAGCUCUACAGUAGACAGCUUCGACGAAAAUUUACCUUUGCUACAAAGUUUAAGAAGAUCUAGUAUUAAUGGCUAUUCUACAUACAAAUGAUUAUUGGUUUUAUCAAAUAUAAUAUACUUAUAUUAAACUCAUAUAGUGUAAGUGUCCAUGUAAGAAAAAUUGCUGGCAAUUGAAUUUA